CGCGAGCUUCGCCGCUGUAGCAUCAACAGUUUAGUUAGCCUGCUAUCAAAAGCAGGAAGUUUCAGUCGUUACGGGCUGUGUAGUUUGAUAAAUUAUCCAGCUGCUGCCAAAAUGAUUUCACUUACGGAUUCACAAAAAAUUGGCAUGGGGCUGACUGGGUUUGGCGUGUUUUUCCUCUUCUUUGGGAUGAUGCUGUUUUUUGAUAAAGCUCUCCUUGCCAUUGGAAAUAUUCUGUUUGUCUCUGGUUUGUCUUUCGUCAUCGGCCUGGAGCGGACCUUCAGAUUUUUCUUUCAGAGACACAAAGUAAAAGCCACCAGCUUCUUCCUGGGAGGAGUGCUCGUGGUUCUGAUCGGCUGGCCGAUUGUUGGAGUUGUUCUGGAGAUCUAUGGUUUCUUUCUCUUAUUCAGGGGAUUCUUCCCAGUGGCAGUCGGAUUCAUCCGACGAGUUCCUGUGCUCGGGUCUUUGCUCAGCUUACCAGGGAUCAGUACGCUGGUGGAUAAAAUUGGCGAGAGCAACACCAUGGUAUAACGUGGAGCUGUUCACAUAAUGGAGAACAGUUUCAGUAUUUAUCAGAGCUUCUAAUGGUGACUAUAUAAAACUGGAUCAUUGCCACUUCAGAAUUCAAACAUUUCCCUGCACAAAAGACACAAGUGUAUUUGUGGACGUUUGACUGACAUUGUGAAGUUUCUUCUGUCAGAAGGAAACAGUUUUAUAUCUGACUGCCACUCAAUGUUACCAAGAAUUUUUAUUUUUUAUUUUUUUUAAGGCUAGAAGCCGGUUUAUGUAUCAUUCCAGUCUGAUAUUUAUGAACUGAUAACUUGGGACCACUGGCGUAACUCAGAGGAGACUUAUGAACCUUUGACAGCAUCCACUUCUACGGAUCGUGUGCCUCAACAGUCACUGAGAGAGAUUUUUAUUAGGUUCCUUGAUGAAGUGUUACUUUCAUUUUGUAUUUUGAAAAUAAAUAACGUUGAGCUAAAUGUUACAGAAAUGUGAACCGUUGUGAUAGAAGGUUUAAGAGGCUUGUCCCGGAUGUGUUGUACUGUAAUUUUUCUAAGUGCAUACUUGAAAUAAAGUGUGUCUUUUAUAA